GACGGCUGAUCAAGAGGGAAAAGUUUCAGUUUUGCUGCAGUCUUUAUUGCGACCAUGCGUCAAUACGGGUCAGUGAGUAUUUUGGAAACUGCUCUCCUGGUUCUGCUGGCUGCCUGUCAACAAUGCGUCUCAGCCUGCAGUGAGACUUUGGCUCCACCCGAGGUCUGGCAACACAAUGACACCCUCUAUGCAGCCUGCAAAAUGAGACCCAGCACCUCACUGCCCGAGGGUCUGCCCAAAGUAUACGGUCAGGCGCUGUUUAAGCAGGAUUAUCAUCAGGGAAAACUCAAAGUGCUUCUCUGGUUCACUGGCUUCCCCAGAGACGGCAGUCCAGAGCCGAGGGCGGUGCACAUCCAUCAGUACGGAGACCUGAGCCAGGGAUGUGACUCCACCGGUGGCCACUACAAUCCAUAUGACGUGCAUCACCCUAACCACCCAGGAGACUUUGGUAACUUUGAGGCCCAGCAAGGAAAAAUCAGUGCCAUGAUAGAAUCUAAUGCCACACUGUUCGGAAGCCUUUCUGUGAUUGGAAGAGCAGUGGUGAUCCAUGAAAAGAUAGACGACUUGGGGCGUGGUGGAGACGCUGGGAGCCUACUGCACGGAAACGCAGGCCGAAGGCUCGGCUGCUGCAUUAUUGGGAUUUCUUCCCCCAAUCUCUGGAAUAUGCAGCAAAAACAGUAUGCUCAAUGGCUGAGGAGAAACUCAUCCUAAAGGUGGUUGAAUUUACUGUAGGUCAGCUUACAGAAUCUGUCUGUGUUCAUUCAUAUGUUGUGUCCAUACAUUCCAAAAAAUCCCUGUAGUUUAUCAAAAGUAAAUGCACCUUAAGAUCUGGUCAGAGAAUAAAAUAUUGGAAUCGUGGUGCUCCAUAUUAGCAGUGCAGUUGGUCAUUUCACCAAACGGAUAUAUUUGAAUUACUUGUAGAUGAAUUGCGAGGGAAUUUGGUACAGACAUUUCUGGUCAGCGGAGGAUGCUCACCAAUGAUUUUGAUGAUCCUCUGACUUUUCCUCUAACGUCGUGAUAAGGUUGACAUUUGUAGUUUUUGUAUUGAUAACUGUUGGAUGGAUUGACAUUUUGGUGCCUUUUUAGAAUCGUCUGGAUGAACUCAAAUUACUUUAUGUAUCCAGCGUCAUCAUCAGGUUCAACUUUCAAUCUGUCCAAUACUUGCUUUUGUGUCAAAAUUCUUGAAUAAAAUGUAAUUCUCCUCACUGUCA